AUGAGUCAUGUGGUUCGGAGAAAAAGUUCUCGGGAUGGAGAGAGAUCAAGUUCCGCUCCGCUUUCGCCGAGUUGCCCUCUCUGUGGCACCUUUAGCAUUUUCAGCACCUUCGAUUUCUCCUCCUUCUCUACUUUCACAGACAUAUCAGGCCAAUACUACUACAAAUCCCAUAUAUCAAACACCCCUCCGCAUACCUCCCCGCAUACCCCUCCGAUUCCGCAUUCCGCAUUCCGCAUUUACGCCGCUACCAACCCAAUCACAAUGAGUCCACCAGCACCCCUAGAUGUCAACCUGGUGGGCAUCACCGAUACAUCGGCUGUCCCUAUCCCGGAUCCCUUGACAUUCAAUGGCGUGUCUGCAUGGAGACAGAAGAUGGCCAAGGUGCCCACCGGCGUGGCUGCGGCAUCCAACAGUGAUAUGUUUAAGAGCCCGAUCUGCUAUACCAAGCCCAAGGCUAAGCGGUUCGAACACCGUUUUUCACUCGAAGCCAAGUCUCGCAAGGCGUCCACUUUGAAGACUGCCGCUCGUUACCUGAAAAACCCAGGCCUUAUUUCCCUCGGUGGUGGACUGCCCUCACCUGAAUACUUCCCCUUCGAGCACUUGGAUAUCAAGGUCCCUACUGCCCCCGGAUUCUCUCCGGAGGCCACUCAGAAGUCAGGCACGGUUCUUCGUGCUGGAAAGCAUGAUAUUCAAGAAGGAACUAGCACCUACGACUUGGAGAUUGCCCUUAACUACGGACAAGCUACCGGAGCUGCGCCAUUGCUUCGUUUUGUCACGGAGCACACCGAAAUCAUUCACAGCCCUCCAUACUCUGACUGGCAAUGCACCCUGACUGCUGGCAGCACCUAUGCCUGGGACACUGCUCUCCGCUUGUUCUGUGAGCGCGGAGACUACAUCCUCAUGGAGGAAUAUACCUUUGCCAGCGCCGCCGAGACCGCCUUCCCCCUGGGCAUAAAGGCCGUGGGCAUCCCAAUGGACGAGCAAGGUCUCAUCCCGGAGGGAAUGGACAAAAUCCUCAACAACUGGGACGUCGCCGCCCGGGGUGCACGCAAGCCUCACGUCCUGUACACCAUCCCAACAGGGCAGAACCCGACUGGUGCCACCCAGUCCGCAGAACGCCGCCGGGCCGUGUACAAGGUCGCGCAGAAGCACGAUCUCAUCAUCGUUGAGGACGAACCCUACUACUUCCUGCAGAUGCAGCCCUAUACCAGCGGGGACGCCUCCCCAGUGCCUCCCCCUCCACCCACGAUGAGUUCAUCAAGUCACUUGUUCCCUCGUUCCUGA